AGGAUAUACUCAAGCUGGUCUCCCCGUUUGGUCCAGUCGAGUCGCUACGGCAACGAUCAGUUGCGGUUUCUCCAGGUAAACUUCCUGUUGAAGUUGCUAGAAAACUCGGAAAACAGCUGACAGGGACGACGACUAAUUUCUAUGUUGUUAUGGAGACGGAGGAGUCUGCUAGCGCUUGUUUGGAGUUGAACGGACGAGAGGUUGACGGGAGGCAUAUUAGAGUUGAUCUGGCCACACCCACUAAUGACACUCACUGUUCUGUGUUUGUAGGUAAUGUACCUUUUGGGGCUGAUGAAGAGAAACUGAGAAAAGUAUUUGAGUCCUGUGGUCCUAUUGAUGGUAUCCGUAUUAUUAAAGACACUAGGACUGGCAUUAACAAAGGGUUUGCUUAUGUUAAAUUUAAAGACAGUAGCUCAGUCUUAUUUGCUUGCAAGAAAAAUGAGAGAAUUGAAGUAGAAGGACGGAAACUAAGAGUCUUUCGCUGUCGCAGUGAUAAGUCAAAGUUCCAGACUAAAUUUGGAGGAGCCAAGUCCCAAGUUGGUCGUAAUAAGAAGCUGCUCAAGUCGUUCCAACCUUCAAAGAGAAAGGGAAAGAAUGACAAGAAGAAGACUAAAAUGAGGAGGAAAGAGAAGUCGGUUAAAAGGAAAGAAAAAGCAAGAAGAAUAAAUAAAUAAAGACAAUGUAAAUUAAUAGAUAAUUAACAAAUAAAUGAUUUUACAUAUUAUUAUAAUGCUUUAGUACAAUCAAGCCAGUCUAUUCCAG